AUGGCUUCCUCUCUUGCUGCGCAGCUGUCGCAAAUCGCAGCAAAAUCGACACACGAGCUUGAUCUCAAAACCCAGCGGAUCGCCCAUUCACAGUCAUUGAUCUUUGAUUACAGUGUCGCUGGAACCCAAGACUUCGAUACCGUCUAUGACAUUUGCUAUGACGGCUUCCGGGAGCUUUGUUCCCUAGAUGGCCGGUUUGAGGAAUUUGAGCGCUCAAUUUUCAGUGAGCAGAGCAAGGCCGAGGAUCGUGCACAGAUGAACGCCUCUCAGAACCAGGAACUGGAUGCCGUCAUUGAGAAUUUCCUCGCACUUGUUGGCGGAAGGCUACAACUCAGUCCCGCAGUGAAGGCGGUAGAUUGGUUGGUACGACGGUUCAGAUCGCACGAGUACAACACGACCUUCAUGGUUAUGACAUUCCUACCUUAUCACACUACACCACUUUUCCUCAACCUACUUUCAAUCUUGCCCAGUGAUCUUACACCGACAUUGAAAAUGCUCUAUCCUUACAAGACUGGCUUGAUCAACCCCCCACGCCACCCGAUUGUGCACACUGCUACUACAAACAAGUCGUUUUUCUCUGCAUUGAACAACUAUGUGUUGAAGGCGUGUCAGCAAGGCGCUCAAAGCCAUGCACUGCUUUCUUUCUGGGCUGGUAUCACCACAGAGGCUGUUGCAGGCAUGCUGGACGGUGCGCGCUCUGGACGACGAGAGAUCGAGCAACAAAAGCAUGAGGAUAUCAUCAUUCGUGUGCUCCCAAUUUUGAGCAGCGCUUUUGCAUUGAAGAAAGUAUCGGAGUUGAUUAUCAGUUGCUACAUGAUCUCUGUUGUGUUAGCUCAAAAAGCCUCUCUAUCUGACGAUGUCUUAGACGGUUUGAUGGAGACCGUGGUGUCUUCAUGGACGGAAGAAACACUAAGCUCGGGAUUGAUUUGUUUGUCGGUUCUUGCUCAACAGAAGCCAACCGUCUUACUCCCCAAGAAGGUAUUCAAAGCUCUUGUCCGCCUUGAACGUCCUAUGCAACAAUUGUCAGAAGUUGCGACCCAAUACAACACAUCCAAGCUCCUAAUCGGACUUGUUGAUGGCUUUUCUGGUAACUUGCAGAAGAACAGCCUGCAGCUUGGCCUUUUGUCAUCUAUCUUUGAAGCAAACAUUCUCCAAGGGGACGACUUGAAACAGGCCAUGACCAUGGUUCUCAAGUCAGCAAGUGAAAUUGAAAAAACCCAUGAUAUGUCUUUGGAUACCCAAACGCAGCUUUCUGAGCUGGUCUUGGGUUUCAGCCGGUCUACUAGCCCCCUUCAGUCCGCCUUCCAAACUAUUCUUGCCGAAUCAUCUUUCAAUGUUUCAGCGUUGGAACAUAACCUACAGACAGUUGUUGAGGCUCCAGCAGCCCAAACACAGCUUAUUGAAGAUGUGGAAAUGGAAGAUGUUGAUGAACGAGACAUCGAUAACUUCACACCUGCUUUCGAGUCAUUGUCCAAGGAACCCAAGUUCCCUUCAUCAUUCCUGGCCAAGCAGCACAUCCCGGAGUUCAACAAUCUUGUUCAGGUUUUCGCCUUGGCUGUCGAAACUGAAGCUAAGAUUGCGCAGUUCGUUGAUCUUCCAAUUCUGGGCAAGACUGAUGCGACAAAAUCCCCACAAUUCUUGUCCUUCUUCACUCGUGUUAUUUCCGGGCCUUAUCCUAUGGGAACAAAGAUUGCGGCACUGAAUGCCAUUGCUUCUGUUCUGUCUACCGUGAAAGGCGAUUUCUUCGACCCUCAGGCUCUGUUGCCAUUCUUGCUCGUGGCUCUCAGUGACCCGUCGGAGCGAAUUCGCCGUGAGACUACUGGUGUCCUCGCUCUCGUUGUGAGUAUUUACAAGAACAACAAGAAAGCAGAUGGCAAGCCCUGGGCAAACGACUUGAUUUAUGGCAAGGGAACCUCGUCUACUAACGUUUCAUGGUUGUCAACUGCCGAUAUGCUUAAGGUUCUGGAUCGUGCCUUGCUGCCUGGUCUUGAAGAGUACAUUCUGGAUCCUACCUACAUUGCCAAGGUCCUUGAUGCCACAAUGCGAGGAUCUGUUUUGUCGGAGGACUCCGGUGCUUCAGAGCUAAAGAAGUCCCUUCGCCUUGGCUUUUUCACCUUCCUUUCUUCCCACACAGUUCAAAUGCCAGUCUACGGACCCAAGUUCGGCCUUCUCCGGUUGGUCAACAAGGUCAAGAAGGUCUCAGGAACUACCCGUGGCAAGGAACUCCUACCUCUUCUCCAGUACUGGCGCGGACUCAACCAGAAGGAAGUUGAGGAGAUCUGCGCCUCGGAGCGUCUCGCUCUUACCGAGGUCGAGCAAGAUGUUGUUUCCAUUGUUACCGCCAAGGACAGUGACGCGAUCGAAAUUCUCUUGCAUAAUGUUAGCCCCGCGUCUGUGCGAUCCUCCUUUGUGGCAGCUGGUUUCUCGCGCAUGAAGGAGAUUUGGAAUAAGAUCUCAGAGGAUAACCAGCUGACAGCGGCCGAAAAGCUGUUGGACAUCUCCCUUGGCAUGUCGGACGAAAAUUCCUCUCUUGCAGAUAACUGCCGCGCCGUGCUUCGCAGCGUCGAGCUAUCGGGUGCUGUUCUCCUAAGCUUUGUUAACAAAAUUCCCGUUUCGUUGACACACAUUGAGAGCCUUGGCCCAGCUCCCAAGCGGAGACGGACUAGUCAAAGCAACAUGAUCGCGAUGACGGUCAAGGAUGAGGCAGAGUUUAGCAAGCUCAUGGACAAGAUGACCUUCAUCCUUGAAGUUGUGGAUAGCUCUAACCCUGAUUCUCAUCCCGAGCUUGCAGGUGGUCUAUUCCAGACUCUUGCUGCUCUUCAUCACUUCAAGUCGCAGAUCCAGUCCGGAAUGAGUUAUCUCCUCAGCCUCACCCUCGGCAGUCUAUUGGCCAUUGUUAACAAAUCCAAGGGAUCGCCUAAGCCACUAUUUGACACUGCUGCCAUCCGGGCUGACCUGGUGGUUGACUGCGUCCGCACAACCGAGAGCCCCCAAGUUCAAAACGCCGCCCUUCUUCUGGUCGCAGGCCUUUCUGUAAUUGCUCCGGAGCUCGUCCUUCACAGCGUGAUGCCGAUUUUCACUUUCAUGGGAUCUAGUGUUCUCCGUAAAGAUGAUGAUUAUUCGGUUUCUGUCAUCGAUCAAACGAUUGACCAUGUUGUGCCGGCUCUCAUCCAGUCACUGCGUAGCCAGAAGCGUGACAUCGUUUCGGGAACUUCGGAGCUUCUCCUCAGCUUCACUGCAGCAUUCGAGCAUAUUCCAUCACACCGCCGUCUUCGACUCUUCCACGCUUUGAUCACCAAGCUCGGCACUCAAGACUUCCUGUUUGCCGUCCUGGCUAUGCUUGCGAAUCGAUACUCCAAUGAUAAGGAUGUUCUCACGUUGAUGACUGGAGUGGCUUCGGACACCACUCCUGUGGUUGAACUCACGACCUACAGCAAAUAUCUCAACCUCGUCAUCGAUGCCUUCCAGCCCAAGGCCGGUAUCUCCCAGAUUCUGCUUGGAAUCGGAAGCGACGACGGCCGUGAUCCUCAGAAGGUAGCUGUUGAUCUGCUCCAUGAUCUUGCUCAUUUGCUUAAGCACUCCUCUCUUAAGUCUAAGCUGGAGGCUGCUUUCGAGAAGGAUGAUGAGGUCGCAGGCCAAGUUCGCGCUUGCUUCUCUCGUGUCUUGGGACAAGUUCUGAACAUUGGUGAAUCUGUGCAAAGUAUGAAGCCCGUUAGCCAAGCAUGUGGUGAGGUUCUUGGUGCUCUCUUCAGCACCCUCUCUCUUGUCGACUUCUUGGAUACAAUUGAGGUCCUGCUCCAGGAGCCUAACGAUGAUCUCCGUCGCAAGGUCCUCCGUCUUUUGGAGAACCGCUUGCGCCAGACCCCCGAGCGUGACAACGAGUCUCAGAUCAGGGUCCUUGAAUUCUUGCCUACUCUCGUCAAAAUUGUUGAAUCAUCACCCGACAUCAUGCUCAAGCAUGCCGCUGUCGCUUGUAUCGACCGAAUUACUGAGAAGUAUGGUCGUAAGGACCCGUCCAAGGUCAUCGAUGCUGCCAAGGUUGUUGCUAGUUCAUCCUGUCUUGGUUACGAUGAUGAGCGCAUUCGCAUCAUGGGCGUUCUUUGUCUGGCUUCUAUGGCCGAGGUUCUGGGCCAGGCAAUGAUCCCAGCCCUUCCAGACACCCUGAACCAGUCUGUUAAGCUGCUGGAAAUCAGCCUGCUUCCUGGAAAGGAGAAUUCGCGUCUUCAUGACGCUGUCUUCUCCUUGUUCUCUGCGCUCCUUGAUCACCUUCCCUUCAUGAUCUCGGCUGCUACCCUCGAUAAGAUUUUGAUUCUGGCUUUCAAGUCCACCAAUGCUAACCUCGACGACUCAUGUGAGGACAGUCGCGAGGAGACUCUUCGCCUGAUGGCCGCUCGCAAGAUGGAUCUCACUGCCACUCUGGGUGCAAUGAACCGCAACUGGCAAAAUGCAGUCGAGGCUGGACCAACUGCCACCACCGAGGUUCUGCAGGUUCUGAGCCUUGCUGUUGAGAAGAACCCCAAGUCGACUGUGUCUAAUAAUAUUGGCGUUCUCACGACUAUUCUAUUCAAGGCCUUUGACUUGCGACGGGAGCAAGCUGUGCUUGGUGACCGUGCUCAGUUUGACGCCGGUGACUUGGAUGAAGCCGAGGCUACCAUGCAUGACGUUGCAAUUAAGAUGAUCUACAAGCUUAACGACAGCACAUUCCGACCUCUGUUCACCAAAAUGGUCGAAUGGUCUACAAGCCCCCAGAAGAAUGAGCAAGGUCAAGUCGCUCGCCUCACAACCUUCUACAAGUUCCUCCAAGUGUUCUUCGGUACCCUUCAGUCUAUUGUCACUGGUUACUCCAGUUACAUCUUGGAGAACACCGUCAAGAUCCUGGGCUCAACCGGACCGGCUAAAGCUACCAAGACACUCUGGUUGGCGACACUUGGCACUCUGCGCAACUCAUUUGAACAUGAUCAGGACGAAUUCUGGCAAUCUCCUUCCCACCUCAGCAGCAUUUCUGGCCCUCUUAUCUCACAGUUGGCUCAUGCAACUACAUCCAAGUCGGCGGAUCUCGUCGUCGAAGAGGUUAUCCCUGCAAUUACCGAGCUUGCUACCGCCGCUGACUCGACCGAUAACCACAAGGAGCUUAAUGUUGCCCUGAUGAGAUACCUCCGCCCUUCAACUGCUCCAAACGCCAAGUCAGCUGGUGGAGAUAACCCAUUCACUCGCCUUGCCGCCCUGAAGGCCGAGCAGGCUCUUACUGAGCAGCUUGGUGAGGAAUGGCUUGCCCUUCUUCCUGAGAUGCUCCCAUACAUCAGUGAACUCAUGGAAGAUGAGGAUGAGAGUGUUGAGCGGGAAGUGCGCAAGUGGGUGAAGCAAAUUGAGAGUGUACUGGGUGAGCGACUGGAUGAUAUGUUGACCUAA